AGAGAAAUGAAGUUAGGAAAUCACUCUUCAGUAACCAGGUUUAUACUUGAGGGAUUGACAGAUGAGCCACGACUCCAGCUCCCUCUCUUCCUGCUCUUUCUCCUGAUUUACAUGGUCUCCAUUGCAGGAAACUUGAGCUUGGUCUUUUUAAUCAGGGUCUGUCCUCAGCUCCACACACCUAUGUACUAUUUUCUCAGUAACUUGUCCUUCAUAGAUCUCUGCUACUCCUCUGUCAUAGUCCCCAAGAUGCUAAUGAACUUUGUGUCAGAAAAGAAUUUCUCCUCUUUUCCUGCGUGCAUGGCCCAGCUCUUCUUUUUUUGCUUCUUUGGUAUUGGUGACUCCUACAUGCUGACAGCCAUGGCAUACGAUCGCUAUGUUGCCAUCUGUAAUCCCUUGCUCUACAAUGUGAAAAUGUCCCCCAGCAUCUGCUUCCUACUGAUCUCCAGUGUGUACACGAUGGGGGCAUUUGGAGCCGUGGUCCACACCAGCUACAUAUCUAGCCGUUCCUUCUGUGGAACUAAUGUUAUCCAUCACUACUUCUGUGAUAUCCUUCCACUUCUGGAUAUUUCUUGCUCAAGAGACAGCACUAAGGAGCUUCUCGUGAUGAUUCUGGUUGGAUUUAACGUACUUGCCUGUGUGCUGCCCAUCUGCAUCUCUUACACCUUCAUCCUUUGCAGCAUUCUGCGUAUCCACUCAGCUGAAGGCAGGUCCAAAGCCUUCAGUACCUGCAGCUCCCAUCUUGCAGCUGUCGGGGUGUUCUAUGGCUCCAUUAUCUUCAUGUAUUUUAAGCCCCUUACCGGUAACACCAUCCAGGAGAAGGUGGCUUCCGUAUUUUACACCACGGUGAUUCCCAUGAUUAACCCCCUUAUCUACAGCCUUAGGAAUAAGGACGUCAAAGAAGCUCUGGAGAAAUUGUGUGGUAGUAGAAUAUGUUCUGAGUCUUUGUAG